AUCGUUAAUCAAUUAAUCACAUAAUGAAUGAUAAAGGAAAAUCAAACGGUUUAAAAUUUUGUUUUUGAUCGAUGACGCAUAUAUUUAAUUAUAUAUCAUUAUUAUUUGACAUACAUUGUUAAAUUUGACGAAUUCCACAUUUUGCAAACUAAAAUAGAAUAAUCUCAUAUACAAAACGAUAGCUAUCUAGUUUCAGUGGGCAGAACCUUUUUUUUCAAACACUUUAAACCACUGGGCAGUGAGCAAAACCUUUAUUUAUGUGUUUUGGUCCACCAAAGGGGAAGCUCGCGCGCUUUCCCGCCUACUUCCCACGACCUCUCUCCUUUGUCUGCUAGUCUGUUUGCUUGUACAUCCUCUAACUGUUUUGUUGUAACCUAGCUUAUCAUGUUUCACUGGCACACCGGAGUUGUAAGUUCCGUUUAUCCCCUUUUCGGGUUGAAGAUAAUGAAUAUUUAAAAAAAAAAAAUAUUAAAGUAGAGAACAUAGGUUCGCUUCAAAUAACAAGAAGGUACAGAACGAAUUAUCAAGACAAAGUGUGAAACAAAAUUCCAGGAAUAUUUGUAGGUUAAUAGUACAACCUGCCAUUUUCCCCUUUUAACCAGAAAUUUUCCUUUUUUAACCAGAAAACAUUUUUUCUUUUUCUUUUCCAACAAAAUUUCCUUUACGAUUAAUAAUUCUGUGUCGAGAUCCUUUUUACUUUUGGACUUCUAAAGGUUUUUGUUUGUUUGUUAAGACUUCUAAAGUUGAUAACUUAUGAUCAACUUGUUUAAAGUUUAACUGGUUCACCUCCGCACGCGCAGCCACUUGAUCACAUAUAUCUUCAUUUAUACACAAAUAUAAACGUAUGCAUGCAACAUUGCGAUAUCAGAUUAUUUUUAAUUUGAUCUGAAUUUUACGAGACAGCUUAAAUUUGAAUACGAGCAACAUUGCGAUAUGUAAAUCAACGCAUACAUCAUAAUUUUAUUGGAAGUAGAAAUUAAUGUUAACGUGUGUUUUAACUUAUGUAUGUAUGUUUUUUGGUACAAUUGUUACGCUUGUAUGUUCUUUGCUACUUUUGCAUAAAGAGGUAAAUUCUAAUUAUGGAAUCAAUCACGCGUAUGUGUGUAUAUGCAAUUAUACAACAGAAGAAAUAUAGUACUUUCUUUUUGAGGUUAAAGAAAACUGAAAAAGCUUACAAUGCCACCCGAAGAUUCUAGGUUCCGACUCUCGUUUCUGAAAAUAUGAAUAUAUUAUCUUACGUUAAAAGAUUAAUAGUUUUAUAACAAAUUGAGAAGUUUGGUGGGUCGCAAUUGGAAUGUUAGACACACCCCACCUCCGGUUCUCCCCUUUUUCGGUGUGACCACGUAAUCACAGUUUAACGUAUAUUAACAUUAAAUAUAACUAUAUGUUUGGUAAAGUAAUCGGUAAAUCUAUGUGUAAUACUAUUUUACUUGAUACCCGGUAACUUGAAAGCGUACGUAAAGAAAAAAGUGAUUGCCCAAAAAAAAUGGUAAAAAGAAACUGAGGUAUAUUUUAACUGAAAAUGUUUGGACUAAAUUAAUCAUGUUAAUGUUAGACUAAUCCUUAGUUAGUAUGCUAAUGAUCUAGUCGCAAAUUGAACCUUAGCAUUUUAAUGUAAUAGAAAUAUAAUCGUCAAAUAAACAAACAAAUAGAUUAUGUAUAUUUCUCUACCUAGCCAUGUUUUUUUUUUGUAAAAUGUGAUAAUCAUAUGUUUUAAUAUUAUAUUUAAUAAUCAAAAUUUAUUUAAUCUAGCCCAGAUAUAUAUUUUUAAUUAAUCUCAUAUGCUAUACAUACAUAAAUAAAUAUAUAUAUAUAUAUAUCAACGCAUUUCUUUGCAUCGAUAUUUUACAAAAUGAGAUUAACCUUAAGAGUUGGUUAUAUGAAUCAUCAGAAGUUUACAAAAAUGACCAAUCAAUCAUGGAGGAAUAAGUUAAUAGAAACGAGUGGAGAUAUCAUAAUUUUUUUUUUUUUUUGUAAACUGGCUUUCUAAGGUUAACUCAUAAUUCAUAAAUGAUAGUUUAGGAUUCUUCUUCUCGCUUUUCAGUUUUCUGCAUUAUCUCCUCUACCUUAUCACUAUGCCCAUCACAUUCAUAUCCUCUCCAUAGGCCAUUCCCAAUUCUAAUAAGACGAGGCGUAUCAAAAAUGUCUUCUUAAAUUGUCAAUGAAUCCUCCUAAAUUUAUUUGUUUCCCCCCCACUUUCUAGUCUACUAGUCUAGACUCUUAUCUUUGAACGAUUAAAAAUAAGAGUUUGUAGUAUUUGUUUGUCACUGCUGCAGAGAGUGUAUUAUCACAUAUUGACAUGCCAAUAAAAAAUGAUGUCAAACUUUUUUUAUCAUAGUUUUUAUUUGUUUCUUUAUGUUGUAACUGAAUGAAUUACUCAUUGAUCGAUCUGAGGCGUUAGCUAACAAACUAUUUUUGUUUAUUACAUCAACAUUCUGUAAUAUUAUUAUUAUUAUUAUUAUUAUUAUUAUUAUUAUUAUUAUUAUCAUAUUUAACAAUAGAAUGAUUAUAAAACCACGUAUUGCAUGGUUGCAUUUUUUAGUUUCUACUAUUGUCGGACCAUAAUAAUUACUUUUUGUUUGCUCAAAAAAAAAAUUUCUUUUUUUUUUGUUGUCAAACAACCAUAAUAAUUACUAACCUCAAUAAAUCCAAUGUUAAUGGUUAUGCCUCUAAUAGUAAUACAUAUGUUGUGUUGUGUAUUUUUUAUGAAUAUGAAAGAGAAUAUUUACGAACUAAAGAUUCAAAAAGGAAAAGAAAGAAUAAAGGCUUUAACAAAAAAAGAAUAAUAGUUGCCUUCGACCCUAACAGUAACAGUCACUCUUACAAUGUCGCAGUGAAUAAAAAGUGAUUAUUAUUUUCAAUUUAUUAUGCAUGUGUCCAGAACCGGGCCUGAGAUUCCGGAGGCCCUAUCCAAAAUAAAAAAAAUAUUCAUUUUUUUUUAAUUUUUUAAAGAUAUUUUUGUUUGAAAUUUUUUUUAAGAUAAAACAUUUUUUGUUUACUUAAAAAUUUAAAAGAAAAUUUUUAGUCUAUUAUAAUUUUUUUAAUAUAAUUAUAAUUUUUAAAUCUGUUUAUUUUUAUCAUUUUUUCUAUUUUACAUUAAAUAUUUAUAUAUUUAUCAUAUACAAAAUUUAUUUUUUCAAAAAAAGGGGCCCCACAAAAGUGGGGGUCUAUUCAAAUGUUUCGUAUGAAUGGGGUCAAGCCCGGCUCUGCAUGUGUCUGGAUUCGAAUCAGGAAAAUGGGGGUUGAAAAGACAAAUCUAGAGGGAGAGAUUAGCUUUGAUAGAAUAUUAGACUAUUAGUAUAACAUCAAGUGUUUAGAAGAAAAAUAAGAGAAUAUGGCGCAAAUAUGAAGCUUUUAAGAAGUUUAAUUUAAAUACGUCCUAGUACUACUAGAUUACGUUUUCUCCUUUUCCCAUAAGAUGUAGAGAUUUAUGAGUGAGCCUUUGUGGAUCGUCGUGUGCCAAAAGUUUAUACAUAUUAAUAUAUAAUACAUGUUUUAUGAGUGAGCCUUUGUGGAUCGUCGUGUGCCAAAAGUUUAUACAUAUUAAUAUCUAGUGAUUUUUUUCUAAAUCCAAUGUUAUGAUAGUCAUGAGUUUACUACAGGCAAUGUUUUGCAAAGGAAUGUUGUUUCUCCUAAUAAAGAGAAAUUGUUUAACAAAUCCCAACCUACAACAAUCAAAUUUUGAGAAGUUUUCAUACCUUUAGGCCCAUUAGACUACUGAUCCAUGUUCUAUGACAGCAAUCUUAACGAACCCAUUGGGCCAUGGAUUUCUCGAAUCUCGCCUUUGAUAAAUGUGCGAUUACGGAAGACGAGAACAAACUUACUACUUUUAGUCUUUUUCAUACGUCUACCAAACAUUGAAGCAUUUUAAAUUAUGCGUUAGUUGUUGUCUUUGUUUCUUUCUUCGUGUCGGGACAGUUCCGUGUUAGUAAAUUCAAUUAAACAUUUUUGUGGAAAACCAGAGAUAUAGUUAGGUUCAUUAUUAAAGAACAAAACGGGAAGAUUUAUUUUUAUUUAUAUGGAUUAAUAACUUGUUUAUAUAUGCAAGUAGCCGACAACUUAUAAUUUGAUUCGAAAAAUCUUUAUACAAUCUCAUCAUUUCGAACAGAUGUUAGUAUAACGAGUUUUUUAUGAGUUUUUUUUAUUAUACAAUACUAAUCACUAUAUCAUUACAUUCAAAAAAAGUUUCCAGGAAAAUUGAUCUAACGGUUCAGAAAAGAGAAUAAUGUAGGAUCGAUCCACUGGAUCUUUCUUUCUGUCGCUACCUACCAUGAGUAAAGUAAACGCAUCAAGUUUCAAGUCAAGGUGUUGUGAUGAGUACCAAUUAUAAUGUGUCAAGAAUACGUCACCACGAUGACGUAAUCUCAUAACUGCUUCAUGUCGUUUUAUCAACAAGAUCAUCAUCUGACGCAAUCGAAGCGUUGGUAUCUCCGCAUUAUUUUACCUUUGUACCCCUCUGUCGAUUUUUUCUUCCAAAAACGUUUUCAAAGUGUUUGAAUUGUUUUUCUUUUGGGAAAUUAAAAAUACAAAUAUCAAAGCUUUUUUUUUGACUAAAAGUACCAAAGUCCAUAGUUUAUUACAUACAAAUUAUUUUUUGGAGUAUUUCUUGUUUAUUGUUAAAGAAUAAAGCUAGAAUAAAAGUUAAGAAAGACUAAAGACAGGUUGUUUUUGUCAUUUUGCUAAGAAGUUUCGUCACGUCUAAUUCUUCCCUUAAACAGACAAAUAUAGGAAUAUUAACCCAUCCCACUCACUCAAGUUUCCAAACUCAUUUUCACUUUGUAAAUGUAUCCCAAACAACUUAAUCUACACGAUUGCCCCUCUAGUGCCAUUAAGACCAUGAAGAACGAGAAGGACCAAAAUGUGGAGAUCAAGGAGGUCAACAUGAUCGACAAGAGAGAAAGAGAAGAGGAAGAGGAAGAAGAGAGGAAGAUUGAUACGUUCUUUAAGCUUAUCAAAACGUAUCAAGAAGCAAGAAAACGAAGACGUGAAGAGUUCACUGGGAACUCUGGCGAGGCGAGGAAGAAAUGGAACGGCGGAGAGAGAUCAUGCGUUGUGGUCCCGGCGUUUCUUCCGGAAGAUUUCUCUGAGUGUCGUAUGGAUUUGAAGCCAGUGAUGGUUGUUGCUGAUCGCAAGGAAGAUGAUAUCAAGUUGAAAGAAGAGGAAGAUGAAGAAGCAAAGAAGGAGGGACAAGAAGAGAAGGGUUUAGAUCUUAAUCUUGCGUUGUAGUAUAUUAAUCUAUUUUUUCUGUUCUUUUCUUUUAGUUUCUCACUUUCACUUAGGAUUUGGGACUUGACUUAUAAAUAUUUCAGUUUAACUCGAAAGUGUGUCCGAUCAUACUAAGCUGGAACAUUGGUCUCAGUAAAUCGCUAGACGGUAUUUACCUU